AUGAUGUUUCCAGUCUGCUACAUAGAAGAAGUGAGAGAAUCCACCAAGGAGCUUGCGGAGCUGAUACAGAAGCACGCAUCCCAUGGUAAGAAAAGCACAUUCCCAGAAGACAAAAAAGAACGACAAAAGAUGUGUGUUUGCAACCUGGAUGUGCUGGCGAUCUGUGAUAAGGAAAUCAAGAGAGGCACACGUUCGCUGCACUAG